GCUGACACCCGAGAUUAACCAAUACUUAUAAAUACGGCAAUGUAAAAAAAUUCUUUAUACAAAAGAAAACAUAAUAAACGCGUAAAUUAAUAUAACACAAAUAUUAUUGCAAUUGUAAUUGCCUGAAAACGCAAUAGUGCUAGUUUGUGCAUAAGUUAAUAGUUAGAUUCGUGUUAAGUUUAUAUUGACGUAAGAAGGAAGAAAAAACAAGGAGGAGCCACAAUUGAAGCGACAGUAACAAAGAAGUCGCAGUUGCAGCUCUUCAUACAUAUUGUUGAGUAGGGCGAGGAACACGCACACCAAUACAAACUCAACUCACGCAACCACACACAAAACACAUACACAACAACACCUACACCCUCAACAUAUAUACAUAGACUGACUGCAGUUGUAAACAUCGAAAAAGAAGAACAAAAAAAUACCACUAAGCAACCAAAUGACGGAAUACAAGCUAGUUGUUGUUGGUGCCGGCGGCGUUGGCAAAUCGGCGCUAACCAUACAACUGAUCCAAAAUCAUUUUGUUGAUGAAUAUGAUCCCACAAUCGAAGACUCAUAUCGAAAACAAGUUGUUAUCGAUGGCGAAACCUGCUUGUUGGACAUUUUAGACACUGCGGGCCAAGAAGAGUAUUCCGCCAUGCGUGAUCAGUAUAUGCGCACUGGCGAAGGAUUUCUACUUGUGUUCGCGGUAAAUAGUGCAAAAUCGUUUGAGGACAUUGGCACAUAUCGCGAGCAAAUUAAGCGGGUCAAAGAUGCCGAGGAAGUGCCCAUGGUGCUGGUGGGAAACAAAUGUGAUCUGCCUUCGUGGAACGUGCAGAACGAGCAAGCAAGAGAAGUGGCCAAGCAAUAUGGCAUUCCAUACAUUGAAACAUCGGCCAAGACGCGUAUGGGCGUCGAUGAUGCAUUUUACACAUUGGUACGCGAGAUACGCAAGGAUAAGGACAACAAGGGCCGAAAAGGACGCAAAACGAAUAAGCCAAAUCGUAGAUUUAAAUGUGAGGUGCUCUAAGUUGGAUUCGCAUUCGUUUUCUUUUCUUUCGUCAUUAUCGCCUGUCCUGUCUGCAACAGUGUGUGUGCGUGUGUGGUGUGAGUGUGCCCAUGUUUGGAAAACAACAGCUCCAAAAUGCAAUAGUUUAUAUAUAUUUCAUUUAUGGUAUUUUUGCAUUACUUUAGUUUACGAACAUAUACACAUACAUUCACCCACGCACACACACAUACACUCACACAGUAAACACACACACGCACACGCCUACGCACACACACAUUUGCGUGUGCGAUUGGUGCAAUUGUUGUUGAAAGGAGGAAGAACAAAAUUGAAAUUAAUUUAAGCAACUACUAAAGUUUUUAUCAAGUAUGUCAAAUAAUUUUUCGUGCAGUAUGUGUGUCGUCGUUUCAAGUGCUAAGUAUGUGACCCCCCAAUCCCACAAUUUAAGAUUAUUAAUUAUUUAUACAUUUACCGUAUAUAUUUGUAUAAAAAUAACUACGAAAUACUAUAUUUGUAACUGCCUUGUUUAAGCUAAUCGCUUUCGCUGCGAUGGCGCAUUUGGUAGCCAUAACCAUUUGUUUUCAGUGAGCACGAUAAACAUAACGAUAACAUAUUGAAUAAUACGAGAUUUAUAUUUGUAUGUAAAUUAUUGGUUUUCCAUAUUUUUUGAGGAGCUCAAGUAAAUCUCCCAAUGAUGAUUUUCCUUUUUACUCAAAGUCGAACUCAAACAUAAACAUACACGCACAACACAAACAAAAAUUCCAUUGAAAAUUUCCAAAACAAAAACGAAAACUAUUGCAAAUUUUAAAAAGUAACGAGAAGCUCACUGUCUAAUUCUUAUAUUUUUUGUGGUGCUAAAAAAAACAAUGAAAACCAAUAAUAAAUAGCACAAAAUAUUGUAUGAAUUAUUUUAAACGAAUCAACAAUUUUAGUUUUUCUACUUAUGCAUAUGUAAAACUAGCUUAUGCGAGACUUUUACUCCCGUAUUCAAAAACAAAUCAAAAUUAUGUCUAUUAAUAUGUAUUAUUAUCGCAACGACUUUAAGCACUCACCACAUACCUAAAUAAAUGUAUCAAUAUCAAUUUAUGAUUAACACUUUUCGCAUAAGCUAGAUAUACAUAAUACAUAUGUAGUAGAAGUUGCUGCAGUACAACACAGAAUCAGAAGCAGAAACAUGAAGCAGCCAAUUCAUAUACAACAUACACAUAUAGUUUGCUCUAAGCUUUUUAUACAUACAACAUAAUAUUUAAUUUUUUGUAUUCAUUUUUGCCAUACAAAAAGAAAAAUAAAUCAAUUGUGUGUACUAUUUAAA